AUGGCCCAGCAUGGCUCCUCGCAAGAUCAGCCCGCCAUUGACGAGGGCCUGUAUUCCAGGCAGCUCUACGUGCUGGGGCAUGACGCCAUGCAGCGGAUGGCCCGAUCUGAUGUGCUCAUAUGCGGGAUGCGGGGCCUGGGCGUCGAAAUCGCCAAGAAUAUAAUCCUCAGCGGAGUCAAGUCGGUUACGAUCCACGACCAGGGGGACUGCACCCUGGCUGAUCUGUCUUCGCAGUUCUACCUCAACGAGGAUUGCCUUGGCAAGAACCGCGCCAAGGCGUGCGUGGAUUCGCUCGCCGAGCUCAACAGCUAUGUCGCAGUGACGGCCCACACAGAGCCCUUGACCAACGACUUCUUAAAACGUUUUCGGGUGGUGGUGCUCACCGACACUCCCCUCAAGGAGCAGCUGUCCAUCUCGGCCUUCACGCACGCCAACAACAUCGCCCUCGUCGUUGCCGAUACGCGCGGCCUCUGCGGGCAGAUAUUUUGCGACUUUGGAGAGAAUUUUCGCGUGCUCGACACCAACGGCGAGCGGCCCAUCUCCGUCUUGCUCGCCUCAAUCAGCAAGGACAAUGAGUCCGUCGUGACGUGCCUGGACGAAGUGCGACACGGUCUAGAGGAUGGCGACUUCGUCGCCUUCUCCGAAGUCGACGGCAUGACCGAGAUCAACGAGUGCCUGCCCAUGAAAGUCAAGGUCCUCGGUCCAUUCACCUUCAGCGUCGGAGACACAACACGGUUCAAGGACUGUGGACGCGGUGGCGUCGCAACGCAGAUUAAGAUGCCGAAAGACAUCGAGUUUAAACCCUUGAAGGAGUCCAUAGUGUCUCCCGUGUUCCUUUCGUCAAGCUUCGCCGACCCGGAUCGCCCGGCCCUGCUGCACGUCGGAUUCCAAGCCCUGCAUGCUUUCCAAAAGAAGCAUUCGCGUCUACCGCGCCCUUGGAACAAGGAGGAUGCAGCUGAGGUGGUGCGCAUGGCCAAAGCGAAGAAUGCCUCGAUGUCCUCACCACUGGCGAGCUUGGACGAGGCUGUGCUCACCACGAUGGCCUGUGUGUCGACGGGCUCCCUGUGUCCCAUGCAGGCGGCUAUCGGAGGCAUUGCUGCGCAGGAAAUUAUGAAGGCAUGCAGCAGCAAGUUCAUGCCGAUUCACCAGUGGUUCUACUUCGAUGCCCUCGAGUGCCUUCCGCAGACGGGCAGCGUUACAGAAAGAAGUGCGAAUGCGUUGGCAAAGACGCGGUAUGCAGCUCAAGCGUGCGUCUUUGGAGCCGAUGUGCAGAAGAAACUGGCAUCGCAGAAGUACUUUCUGGUUGGUGCUGGAGCUAUUGGCUGCGAACUGCUGAAAAACUUCACCAUGAUGGGCCUUGGCACGGACGGCGGCUGCAUCUACGUCACGGACAUGGACAUCAUCGAGCGCUCUAACCUGAACCGGCAGUUCCUUUUCCGACCAUGGGACGUCGGUCAAUUAAAGUCGGUCACUGCCGCAAAGGCCGUGGCAAAGAUGAACCCGGAGGUGAACAUUGUGCCGCACUGCCACCGUGUCGGCCAGGACUCCGAGCACAUCUACACGGACGACUUCUUCGGUGCCCUAGACGGAGUCGCUAACGCGCUCGACAACGUCGACUCGCGCACCUACAUCGACAUACGGUGCGUCCAACUGAGCAAGCCUCUCCUCGAGUCGGGUACCCUGGGCACCAAAGGCAACGUCCAGGUGGUGGUUCCCCACCUGUCCGAGUCGUACUCCUCCUCGCACGACCCGCCCGAGAAGUCCAUACCCAUCUGCACGCUCAAGCACUUCCCCAAUGCCAUCGAGCAUACGCUGCAGUGGGCCCGUGACGAAUUCGAAGGCUUGUUCAAGCAAAGGCCUGAAGAAGCACUGAAGUACCUGGAAGAUCCUACGUUUGUGGAGAACACAUUAAAACUUCCAGGGGACCAGCCAGCCGACGUGCUUGCGAGCGUGAAGCAGCAACUGGUGGACGAGCGGCCCAGGUCUUAUGCCGACUGCGUGGCGUGGGCCAGGCUACACUUCCAGAGCCAGUACAGCAACCAGAUCAAGCAACUCCUCCACAACUUCCCGAAGGAUCACCAAACUUCCACAGGUGCGCUGUUCUGGUCUGGCUUCAAACGCUGUCCCCACCCCAUUGAGUUCGAUGUGGGCGAGGAUCUUCAUAUGGACUACAUUGUCGCCGCUGCCAACCUGCGAGCAGCCGUCUACGGCAUCGACAACUGCACCGACAGACAAGAGAUCCGCCGCAUCCUCGAGCGCGUCAAGGUGCCCGUGUUCAAGCCGAAGUCGGGCGUGCAGAUAUCGGUCACCGAGAACGACGCAUCGUCUCGUACAGUAGGACUUGAUGACCCGAAUCGUGUCAGCAACAUCGUCAAGGAGCUGCCUCUGCCCUCCCAGCUGAUGGAGGUUAGCAUCACACCCCAGGAGUUUGAAAAGGACGACGACACCAACUUCCACAUGGACUUCAUUGUGGCGGCGUCCAACUUGCGUGCGGCCAACUAUGACAUCCCGCUGGCCGACCGGCACCACAGCAAGCUCAUCGCUGGGAAGAUCAUCCCGGCCAUUGCGACCACCACGUCCCUGGUCGCUGGUCUUGUCUGCCUGGAGCUCUACAAGCUGGUGCAGGGGCACAACAAGCUGGAGCUGUACAGAAACAGCUUCGUCAACCUGGCGUUGCCGUUCUUUGGAUUCACAGAGCCCAUCGCUGCGAAGAAGAGCAAGUUCAACGGCCGAGAGUACACGUUGUGGGACCACUUCGACGUUCAGGGCGAGCUCACAUUAAAACAGUUCCUGGAUUACUUCAAGACCAAGCACGAGGUUGAGAUCACCAUGCUGUCCCACGGACUGUCCAUGCUCUACUCGUUCUCGAUGUCUCCGCCGAAAGUAAACGAACGCCUUGAUCUUCCCAUGAGCGAAGUGGUGGCCCAGGUGUCCAAAAAGCCUAUCGAGCCCCACGUGCGCAACCUCAUCUUCGAGCUCUUGUGCAACGACAAGAACGGCGAGGACAUUGAUGACAUGCCGCCCGUGCACUACCUGCUUCCCAAGUGAAGAGGCGCCCUCUGUCGAGCCGUGGCGCAAGUCCACGGAGAUUACAACGAAGCCUCCGCAAUUUGGCAUCCUCACCGGGCGAGAAGUUGCAUUGCUGGCGACCCACGUUCUAAAUCCGAUUUAUUACGACGAACAAAUUUACCUUCUAGUA